CAGCCUCCACUACAACAAUUGCCAGCUAGGGGAAGCUGGGGAAGACGCGAACACACAUUCUAGCUAUGCUUAUGCAGAUUGACACCUGGGAGGAAGAAGGUCCUUUGACUCUGUGUAAGGCAAAGCUAACUCCAACUGACAAUCUCAUACGACAAAAGAGAAAUUCUGGGUCAUUUGAAUCUGCUGUAAGGCAAAGCUGACUCCAACUGAUAACCUCAUACGACAAAAGAGAAAUGCUGGUCAGCAUUGUUAUCGGGGCUGCAACUGGCCUAGGAGCUGCCAUCAUUGGGAUCCCGGCAGCAGUUGGAAUGCUGGGUUUCACGGCAGAAGGAAUUGUGACUGGAUCUCUAGCUGCAAAGUUGAUGUCGAUAUUUGCCAUCGCCAAUGGUGGAGGAGUAUCUGUUGGUGGUAUCGUGGCCUUUUUGCAGUCAAUUGUUACUGCUGGCUGUUGUGUCCCAUUGGCUGUUACUUUCCACACUCCCCCCAAGACUCUCACGCGCCAGCCGCUGCACAAGAGUCUGCUCAGCCGAAGGCAAGUCAAAGCUGGUCUCGGGGCUGCAGCUGGCCUAGGAAUUGCCACUGUUGGGAUCCCAGUAGUGGUAGGAAUGCUGGGUUUCACGGCAGCAGGAAUUGCGGCUGGAUCUGUAGGUGCAAAGAUGAUGUCCGCAGCUGCUAUCGCCAAUGGUGGAGGAGUAGCUGCUGGUAGUAUCGUGGCUGUGUUGCAGUCAAUUGGUGCGGCAGGUCUGUCAUUAGCUACAAAAGCUGCAAUAAUGAUCGGAGGGGGACUGCUGUGGGCCAUUCCAAAAUGAAGGGAGCAGGUCUCUAUGCCUUCUUGUAAGAUGGAGCCUGGACCCCUUCCUACUAGCUAUGCAGAAACAAUCAAUGCUUGAUUUGCCUUAGGAAUGAUCUCAAGAUGCACCCUGCUGAAGUCCCUUCUCUCCCAUGCCUUCACUAUAGAAACACCAAAUAAAGCUUUGAUGAGACCUUGA